GCUCCGGCCGGACCGGAAGCCCCGCCCACGUAUCGCGAGAGCGCAACCGGGAGUCUCGCGAGGGCAGCUUCGGGAGUCUCAACGGAAGCGGCGGAGCGCGGGUCUUCCUCCAGAACUGACUGGACGUUUCCGUUGCUGUGGUCUCGCCGCAGGAGCUGUGUAUUGAAGACAAUGUCUGGAAGCUUCUACUUUGUCAUUGUGGGUCACCACGAUAAUCCAGUCUUUGAAAUGGAGUUUUUGCCAGCUGGAAAAGCAGAAUCCAAAGACGACCAUCGCCACCUGAACCAGUUCAUAGCGCACGCUGCUCUCGACCUUGUGGAUGAGAACAUGUGGCUGUCGAACAACAUGUACUUGAAAACUGUGGACAAGUUCAAUGAGUGGUUUGUUUCAGCAUUCGUCACUGCAGGUCAUAUGAGAUUCAUUAUGCUGCAUGACGUAAGGCAAGAAGAUGGAAUAAAGAACUUCUUUACUGAUGUCUAUGAUUUAUACAUAAAGUUUGCAAUGAAUCCGUUUUAUGAACCCAAUUCUCCUAUUCGAUCAAGCGCAUUUGACAGAAAGGUUCAGUUUCUUGGGAAGAAACACCUUUUAAGCUGAAUGCAGAAAAUUCAGAAAUAAACAAUGUCACUGGGAUGGGGUGUACUCAGGAAUGUGUACAUUGUAAGUAACUUGAUUAAACAGCCAGAAAAGUUUUA